UUUUGCCAAAAUUAAUAAUAUGUUUCUAGUAUGCAUACCCUACUAUCAAUCCCGAUGUUUCGUGAAUGUGACACACAUGGUAUUAAUACAUUUGAAUAGUUACGUAAAUAUUAAUAAGCUGUCGGAAGUAAGUAUGAAAUAGUAUAUACAUUGCAGCUAUGGAAAUUCGUAUGCUAAAACUGUUGUGUGUUCUGUCGAUUAUGUGGUCCACUUCAAAUCUUGGAACACUGACUUCUACAGUUGCAAGCAGCUCUGAAACAACAGAAUCGGAAACAUCAGGUCAAACUUCCGCACCUGAAACACCGGCUUCUACAGUUGCAAGCAGCUCUGAAACAACUGAAUCGGCAACAUCAGGUCAAACUUCAACCACUGAAACACUGACUUCUACAGGUCCAAGCAGCUCUGAAACAACUGAAUCGGCAACAUCAGGUCAAACUUCAUCCACUGAAACACUGACUUCUACAGGUCCAAGCAGCUCUGAAACAACUGAAUCGGCAACAUCAGGUCAAACUUCAACCACUGAAACACUGACUUCUACAGUUGCAAGCAGCUCUGAAACAACUGAAUCGGCAACAUCAGGUCAAACUUCAGCCACCGAAACACCGACUUCUACAGUUGCAAGCAGCUCUGAAACAACAGAAUCGGAAACAUCAGGUCAAACUUCCGCACCUGAAACACUGUCUUCUACAGUUGCAAGCAGCUCUGAAACAACUGAAUCGGCAACAUCAGGUCAAACUUCAGACACCACUGAAACAUCGACUUCUACAGUUGCAAGCAGCUCUGAAACAACAGAAUUGGCAACAUCAGGUCAAACUUCAGCCACUGAAACACCGACUUUUUUAGUUGCAAGCAGCUCUGAAACAACUGAAUCGGCAACAUCAGGUCAAACUCCAGCCACCACCGAAACACCGACUUCUACAGUUGCAAGCAGCUCUGAAACAACAGAAUCGGAAACAUCAGGUCAAACUUCAGCCACUGAAACACCGACUUCUACAGUUGCAAGCAGCUCUGAAACAACAGAAUCGGCAACAUCAGGUCAAACUUCAGCCACCGAAACACCGGCUUCUACAGUUGCAAGCAGCUCUGAAGCAACAGAAUCGACAACAUCAGGUCAAACUUCAACCAACGAAACUCUGACUUCUACAGUUACAAGCAGCUCUGAAACAACAGAAUCGGCAACAUCAGGUCAAACUUCAGCCACUGAAACACUGUCUUCUACAGUUGCAAGAAGCUUUAAAACAACAGAAUCGGCAACAUCAGGUCAAACUACAGCCACUGAAACAUUGUCUUCUACAGUUGCAAGCAGCUUUAAAACAACAGAAUCGGCAACAUCAGGUCAAACUACAGCCACUGAAACACUGUCUUCUACAGUUGCAAGCAGCUUUAAAACAACAGAAUUGGCAACAUCAGGUCAAACUUCAGCCAUUGAAACACUGACUUUUACAGUGCAAGCAGCUCUGAAGCAACAGAAUCGGCAACAUCAGGUCAAACUUCAACAUCAAGGUCUUCAAAUGUGCUACUUACAUGAUUGUUAUCUAAAUUCCACAUUAAUGGAACUCCGUAUUAUAACCACACUGUAUUUUCUAUUGGUCGGUUGGACUAUUUCAUUAACUGUAACCGAAACAGCUGUAAAUACAUCUACGUCUACAAACCAACUCACGCCAAUGAGUCCACCUGACAGCAGUGUAAGUGGUUCUCAGUCCACAAGUCAACCCACGACUGCCUCUACAGUCACGUCAACGAGACUAACUGAGAGCAGUGAAAGUGGAUCUCAGUCGACUAGCCAACCCAUGCCUGCCUCUAAAGUCAUGUCAUCGAGUCCAGCUGACAGCAGUGAAAGUGGUUCUCAGUCUUCGAGACAAACCACGGCUGUCUCUUCAGCAACGUCAUCCAGUCAAACUAACAGCAGUGAAAGUGGUUCUAAGUCUACAAGCCAACCCACGACUGCCUCUACAGUCACGUCAGCAAGGUCAUCUGACAGCAGUGAAAGUGGUUCUCAAUCUACAAGACAUCCCGCAACUGCCUCUACAGUCACGUCAGCAACUCCCACUGACAGCAGUGAAAGUGAUUCUCAGUCUACGAGCCAAUCCACGGCUGUCUCCUCAGCAACGUCAUCCAGUCAAACUAACAGCAGUGAAAGUGGUUCUAAGUCUACAAGCCAACCCAUGACUGUCUCUACAGUCACGUCAGCAAGUUCAACUGACAGCAGUGAAAGAGAUUCUCAGUCUACGAGCCAAUCCAUGGCUGUCUCUUCAGCAACGUCAUCCAGUCAAACUAACAGCAGUGAAAGUGGUUCUCAAUCUACAAGACAUCCCGCAACUGCCUCUACAGUCACGUCAGCAACUCCAACUGACAGCAGUGAAAGUGAUUCUCAGUCUACGAGCCAAUCCACGGCUGUCUCCUCAGCAACGUCAUCCAGUCAAACUAACAGCAGUGAAAGUGGUUCUAAGUCUACAAGCCAACCCAUGACUGUCUCUACAGUCACGUCAGCAAGUUCAACUGACAGCAGUGAAAGAGAUUCUCAGUCUACGAGCCAAUCCAUGGCUGUCUCUUCAGCAACGUCAUCCAGUCAAACUAACAGCAGUGAAAUUGGUUCUAAGUAUACAAGCCAACCCACGACAGCCUCUACAGUCACGUCAGCAAGUCCAACUGACAGCAGUGUAAGUGGUUCUCAGUCUACAAGCCAACCCACAUCUGCCUCUACAGUGACGCCAGCAAGUCCAACAGACAGCAGUGAAAGUGGUUCACCGUCUACGAGACAAUCCACGACUGUCUCUACAGUCAUAUCAACGAGACCAACUGACAACAGUGUAAGUGGUUCUCAGUCUACAAGCCAACCAACGUUUGUCUCUACAGUCAGGACAAAGGGGCCAACUGACAGCAGUGUAAGUGGUUCACUAUCUACAAGGCAAUCUAUGACUGUCUCUACUGUCACGCCACCAAGUCUAACUCAGAGCAGUAUAAGUGGUUCUCAGACUCCAAGCCAACCUACUGACGGCACUGUAAGUAGUUCUUCGUUUACAAGCCAACCAACCAAUCUAUCUACAGGAACGUCAAAAGGGCCAGCUGACAGCAGUGUAAGUGGUUCUCAAUCUACAAGCCAAUCCACUACUGUCUCUAGGGUCACGCCAACUGGUCCAACUGCCAACAGUGUAAGUGGUUCUCAGUCUACAAGCCAACCCACGUCUAUCUCUACAUUCAGGUCAAAAGGGCCAACUGACAGCAGUGUAAGUGGUUCUCAGUCUACAAGCCAACCCACGUAUGCAUCUACAGUAACGCCAGCAAAGUCAACUGACAACAGUUUAAGUGGUUCUCAUUCAACAAGCCAACCCACGUCUGCCUCUACAGUCACGCCAGCAAGUCCAACUUACAGCAGUGUAAGUGGUACUCAAUAUACGAGCCAAUCUACGACUGUCUCUACAUUCUCGUCAAUAAGACCAACUGACAUCAAUGUAAGUGGUUCUCAUUCUACAAGCCAACUAACGUCUGCCUCUACAGUCACGCCAGCAAGUCCAACUGACAGCAAUGUAAGUGGUUCUCAAUCUACAAGCCAACCAACGUUUGUCUCUACAGUCAGGACAAAUGGGCCCACUGACAGCAGUGUAAGUGGUUCACUAUCUACAAGCCAAUCCAUCACUGUCUCUACUGUCACGCCAAUAAGUCCAACUCAGAGCAGUAUAAGUGGGUCUCAGUCUUCCAGCCAACCUACUGACAGCACUGUAAGUAGUUCUUCGUCUACAGGCCGCCAACCAACAACUGUAUCUAUAGGAACGUCAAAAGGGCCAGCUGACAGCAGUGUAAUUGGUUCUCAAUCUACAAGCCAAUCCACUAUUGUCUCUACAGUCACACCAACGAGUACAACUGACAGCAUUGUAAGUAUUUCUCAGUCUACAAGCCAAACCACGACUGCCUCUACAGUCAGCUCAAAGAUGCCAACUGACAGCAGUGUAAGUGGUUCUCAGUCUACAAGCCAAUCUACGACUUUCUCUACAGCCACGUCAACGAGACCCACUUACAGCAGUGAAAGUGGUUCUCAGUCUACAAGCCAACCCACGUCUGCCUCUACAUUCACGCCAGCCAGUUCAACUGACAGCAGUGUAAGUGGUUCUCAGUCUACAAGCCAACCCACGUCUGCCUCUACAGUCACGCCAGCAAGUCCAACAGACAGCAGUGAAAGGGGUUCACAAUAUACGAGCCAGUCUACGACUGUCUCUAUAUUCUCGUCAACGAGACCAACUGACAGCAAUGUAAGUGGUUCUCAGUCUACAAGCCAACCAACGUCUGCCUCUACAUUGACGCCAGCAAGUUUAACAGACAGCAGUAAAAGUGGUUCACCGUCUACGAGACAAUCCACGACUGUGUCUACAAUCAUAUCAACGAGACCAACUGACAACAGUGUAAGUGGUUCUCAAUCUACAAGUCAAUCCACUACUGUCUCUGCAGUCACGCCAACGAGUCCCACUGACAACAGUGUAAGUGGUUCUCAGUCUACAAGCCAACCCACCUCUGCCUCUACAGUCACGCCAGCAAGUCCAACUGACAUCAGUGCAAGUGGUUCUCAGUCUGCAAGCCAACCCACGUCUGCGUCUACAGUCACGCCAGCAAGUCCAACUGACAGCAGUGUAAGUGGUUCUCAGUCUAUAAGCCAACCCACGUCCGCCUCUAGAGUGACGCCAGCAAGUCAAACUGACAGCAGUGAAAGUGGUUCACCGUCUACGAGCCAAUCCACGACUGUCUCUACAGUCAUAUCAACGAGACCAACUUACAGCAGUAUAAGUGAUUCUCAGUCUACAAGCCAACCAACGUUUGUCUCUACAGUCAGGACAAAGGGGCCCACUGACAGCAGUGUAAGUGGUUCACUAUCUACAAGCCAAUCUAUGACUGUCUCUACUGUCACGACACAAAAUCCAACUCAGAGCAGUAUAAGUGGUUCUCAGUCUUCAAGCCAACCUACUGACAGCACUGUAAGUAGUUCUUCGUCUACAAGCCAACCAACCACUGAAUCUACAGGAACGUCAAAAGGGCCAGCUGUCAGCAGUGUAAGUGGUUCUCAAUCUACAAGCCAAUCCACUAUUGUCUCUACAGUCACACCAACGAGUACAACUGACAGCAUUGUAAGUAUUUCUCAGUCUACAAGCCAAACCACGACUGCCUCUACAGUCAGCUCAAAGAUGCCAACUGACAGCAGUGUAAGUGGUUCUCAGUCUACAAGCCAAUCUACGACUUUCUCUACAGCCACGUCAACGAGACCCACUGACAGCAGUGAAAGUGGUUCUCAGUCUACAAGCCAACCCACGUCUGCCUCUACAGUCACGCCAGCCAGUUCAACUGACAGCAGUGUAAGUGGUUCUCAGUCUACAAGCCAACCCACGUCUGCCUCUACAGUCACGCCAGCAAGUCCAACAGACAGCAGUGAAAGGGGUUCACAAUAUACGAGCCAGUCUACGACUGUCUCUAUAUUCUCGUCAACGAGACCAACUGACAGCAAUGUAAGUGGUUCUCAGUCUACAAGCCAACCAACGUCUGCCUCUACAUUGACGCCAGCAAGUUUAACAGACAGCAGUAAAAGUGGUUCACCGUCUACGAGACAAUCCACGACUGUGUCUACAAUCAUAUCAACGAGACCAACUGACAACAGUGUAAGUGGUUCUCAAUCUACAAGUCAAUCCACUACUGUCUCUGCAGUCACGCCAACGAGUCCCACUGACAACAGUGUAAGUGGUUCUCAGUCUACAAGCCAACCCACCUCUGCCUCUACAGUCACGCCAGCAAGUCCAACUGACAUCAGUGCAAGUGGUUCUCAGUCUGCAAGCCAACCCACGUCUGCGUCUACAGUCACGCCAGCAAGUCCAACUGACAGCAGUGAAAGUGGUUCACAAUAUACGAGCCAGUUUACGACUGUCUCUACAUUCUCGUCAACGAGACCAACAGACAGCAAUGUAAGUGGUUCUCAGUCUACAAGCAAACCAACCUCUGCCUCUACAGUGACGCCAGCAAGUCCAACAGACAGCAGUGAAAGUGGUUCACCGUCUAUGACACAAUCCACGACUGUGUCUACAGUAAUAUCAACCGGACCAACUGACAGCAAUGUAAGUGGUUCUCAAUCUACAAGCCAACCAACGUUUUUCUCUACAGUCAAUACAAAGGGGCCCACUGACAGCAGUGUAAGUGGUUCACUAUCUACAAGCCAAUCUAUGACUGUCUCUACUGUCACGCCACAAAGUCCAACUCAGAGCAGUAUAAGAGGUUCUCAGUCUUCAAGCCACCCUACUGACAGCACUGCAAGCAGUUCUUCGUUUACAAGCCAACCAAGCACUGAAUCUACAGGAACGUCAAAAGGGCCAGCUGUCAGCAGUGUAAGUAGUUUUCAGUCUACCAGCAAACCCACGUCUGCCUCUACAGUCACGCCAGCAAGUCCAAUUGACAGCAGUGUAAGUGGUUAUCAGUCUACAAGCCAACACACGUCUGCCUCUACAGUCACGCCAGCAAGUCCAACUGACAGCAGUGUAAGUGGUUCUCAGUCUACAAGCCAACCAACGUUUUUCUCUACAGUCAAUACAAAGGGGCCCACUGACAGCAGUGUAAGUGGUUCCCUAUCUAUAAGUCAAUCUAUGACUGUCUCUACUGUCACGCCACAAAGUCCAACUCAGAGCAGUCUAAGUCGUUCGCAGUCUUCAAGCCACCCUACUGACAGCACUGCAAGCAGUUAUUCGUUUACAAGCCAAGCAACCACUGAAUCUACAGGAACGUCAAAAGGGCCAGCUGUCAGCAGUGUAAGUGGUUCUCAGUCUACAAGCCGAUCCACUACUGUCUCUGUAGCCACGCCAAUGAGUCCAACUGACAGCAGUGUAAGUGAUUUUCAGUCUACAAGCAAACCCACGUCUGCCCCUACAGUCACGCCAGCAAGCCCAACAGACAGCAGUGUAAGUGGUUCACAAUAUACGAGCCAGUCUACGACUGUCUCUACAUUCUCGUCAACGAGACCAACUGACAGCAAUGUAAGUGGUUCUCAGUCUACAAGCCAACCAACGUCUGCCUCUACAUUGACGCCAGCAAGUUCAACAGACAGCAGUAAAAGUGGUUCACCGUCUACGAGACAAUCCACGACUGUGUCUACAGUCAUAUCAACGAGUCCCACUGACAGCAGAGUAAGUGGUUCUCAGUCUACAAGCCAACCCACCUCUGCCUCUACAGUCACGCCAGCAAGUCCAACUGACAUCAGUGCAAGUGGUUCUCAGUCUACAAGUCAACCCACGUCUGCUUCAACAGUCACGCCAGCAAGUCCAACUGACAGCAGUGAAAGUGGUUCACAAUAUACGAGCCAGUUUACAACUGUCUCUACAUUCUCGACAACGAGACCAACAGACAGCAAUGUAAGUGGUUCUCAGUCUACAAGCCAACCAACCUCUGCCUCUACAGUGACGCCAGCAAGUCCAACAGACAGCAGUGAAAGUGGUUCACCGUCUAUGACACAAUCCACGACUGUGUCUACAGUAAUAUCAACGGGACCAACUGACAGCAGUGUAAGUGGUUCUCAGUCUACAAGCCAACCAACGUUUUUCUCUACAGUCAAAACAAAGGGCCCACUGACAGCAGUCCACGCCAUGAGUCCAACUGACAGCAGUGUAGUGGUUUUCAGUCUACAACAAACACGUUGCCUCUACAGUCCGCCACAGUCCAACGACAGCAGUUUACGCCAGCAAGUCCAACUGACAGCAGUGAAAGUGGUUCACAAUAUACGAGCCAUUUACGACUGUUUUACAUUCUCGUCAACGAGACAACUGACAGCAUGUAAGUGUCCAGUCUACAAGCCAACCAAGUCUGUCACUACGGUGACGCCAGCAAGUCCAACAGCAGCAGUGAAAGUGGUUUACCGUCUACGACACAAUCCAAGAUUGUCUCUACGUCAUAUCAACGAGACCAAUGACAGCAAUCAUGUAAGUGCUUCUCAGUCAACAAACAACCACGUCUGCCUUACAGUCACGCCAGCAAGUCAACUGACAGCUGUAAGUGGAUCUCAAUUACGAGCCAAUCUACGACUGUCUCUAAUUUCGUCAACAAGACCAACUGACAGCAAUGUAGUGUUCCAUCUACAAGCCACCAACGUCUGCCUCUACAGAGCGCCAGCAAGUCUAACUGACAGCAGUCCACCCACGUCUGCCUCUACAGUCACGCCAGCAAGUUCAACUGACAGCAGGGUAAGUGGUUCUCUGUCUACAAGCCAACCAACGUCUGCCUCUACAGUCACACCAGCAAGUUCAACUGACAGCAGUGUAAGUGGUUCACAGUCUACAAGCAACCCCGUCUGCCUCACAGUCACGCCAGCAAGUCCAACUGACAGCAGUGAAAGUGGUUCACAAUAUACGAGCCAGUCUACACUGUCUCUACAUUCUCGUCAACGAGACCAACAGACAGCAAUCAGUGUAAGUGGUUAUCAGUCUACUAGCAAACACACGUCUGCCUCUACAGUCACGCCAGCAAGUCCAACUGACAGCAGUGUAAAUAGUACUCAGUCUACAAGCCAACCCACGUCUGCCUCUACAGUUACGCCAGCAAGUCCAACUGACAGCAGUGAAAGUGGUUCACAAUAUACGAGCCAGUUUACGACUGUUUCUACAUUCUCGUCAACGAGACCAACUGACAGCAAUGUAAGUGGUUCUCAGUCUACAAGCCAACCAACGUCUGUCACUACGGUGACGCCAGCAAGUCCAACAGACAGCAGUGAAAGUGGUUUACCGUCUACGACACAAUCCAAGAUUGUCUCUACAGUCAUAUCAACGAGACCAACUGACAGCAAUGUAAGUGGUUCACAGUCUACAAGCCAACCAACGUUUGUCUCUACAGUCAAGACAAAGGGGCCCACUGACAGCAGUGUAAGUGGUUCCCUAUCUACAAGCCAAUCUAUGACUGUCUCUACUGUCACGACAGCAAGUCCAACUCAGAGCAGUAUAAGUGGUUCUCAGUCUUCCAUUCAACCUACUGACAGCACUGUAAGUAGUUAUUCGUCGACAAGCCAACCAACCAUUGUAUCUACAGGAACGUCAAAAGGGCCAGCUGACAGCAGUGUAAGUGGUUCUCAAUCUACAAGCCUAUCCACUACUGUCUCUACAGUCACGCCAACUGACAACAGUGUAAGUGGUUCUCAGUCUACAAGCCAACCCACGUCUAUCUCUACAUUCAGGUCAAAUGGGCCAACUGACAGCAGUGUAAGUGGUUCUCAAUAUACAAGCCAAUCUACGACUGUCUCUACAGCCACGUCAACUAGACCCACUGUCAGCAGCGAAAGUGGUUCUCAGUCUACAAGCCAACCCACGUCUGCAUCUACAGUCACGUCAGCAAGUUCAAUUAACAGCAGUGUAAGUGCUUCUCAGUCAACAAGACAACCCACGUCUGCCUCUACAGUCACGCCAGCAAGUCCAACUGACAGCAGUGUAAGUGGAUCUCAAUAUACGAGCCAAUCUACGACUGUCUCUACAUUCUCGUCAACAAGACCAACUGACAGCAAUGUAAGUGGUUCUCAGUCUACAAGCCAACCAACGUCUGCCUCUACAGAGACGCCAGCAAGUCUAACUGACAGCAGUGUAAGUGGUUCUCAAUCUACAAGCCAAUCAACGUUUGUAUCUACAGUCAGGACAAAGGGGCCAACUGACAGCAGCGUAAGUGGUUCACUAUCUACAAGCCAAUCUAUGACUGUCUCUACUGUCACGCCACCAAGUCCAACUCAGAUCAGUAUAAGUGGUUCUCAGUCUUCCAGCCAACAUACUGACAGCACUGUAAGUAGUUCUUCGUCUACAAGCCAACCAACCACUGUAUCUACAGGAACGUCAAAAGGGCCUGCUGACAGCAGUGUAAGUGGUCCUCAAUCUACAAGCCAAUCCACUACUGCCUCUACAGUCACACCAACGAGUCCAACUGACAGCAGUGUAAGUGGUUCUCAGUCUACAAGCCAACCCACGUCUGCCUCUAAAGUUAGCUCAAAUUGGCCAACUGACAGCAGUGUAAGUGGUUCUCAGUCUACAAGCCAAUCUACGACUGUCUCUACAGCGAAGUCGACAAGACCCACUGACAGCAGUGAAAGUGGUUCUCAGUCCACAAGCCAACCCACGUCUGCCUCUACAGUCACGCCAGCAAGUUCAACUGACAGCAGGGUAAGUGGUUCUCUGUCUACAAGCCAACCAACGUCUGCCUCUACAGUCACACCAGCAAGUUCAACUGACAGCAGUGUAAGUGGUUCACAGUCUACAAGCGAACCCGCGUCUGCCUCUACAGUCACGCCAGCAAGUCCAACUGACAGCAGUGAAAGUGGUUCACAAUAUACGAGCCGAUCUACGACUGUCUCUAUAUUCUCGUCAAUGAGACCAACUGACAGCAAUGUAAGUGGUUCUCAGUCUACAAGCCAACCAACGUCUGCCUCUACAGUGACGCCAGCAAGUCAAACAGACAGCAGUGAAAGUGGUUCACCGUCUACGAGCCAAUCCACGACUGUCUCUACAGUAAAAUCAACGAGACAAACUGACAGCAGUAUAAGUGAUUCUCAAUCUACAAGCCAACCAACGUUGGUCUCUACAGUCAGGACAAAGUGGCCCGCUGACAGCAGUGUAAGUGGUUCACUAUCUACAAGCCAAUCUAUGACUGUCUCUACUGUCACGCCACCAAGUCCAACUCAGAGCAGUAUAAGUGGUUCUCAGUCUUCAAGCCAACCUACUGACAGCACUGUAAGUAGUUCAUCGUCUACAAGCCAACCAACCACUGUAUCUACAGGAACGUCAAAAGGGCCAGCUGUCAGCAGUGUAAGUGGUUCUCAAUCUACAAGCCAAUCCAGUACUGUCUCUACAGUCACGCCAACGAGUCCAACUGCCAGCAGUGUAAGUGGGUCUCAGUCUACAAGCCAAUCCUCGUCUAUAUCUACAUUUAGGUCAAAGGAGACAACUGGCAGCAGUGUAAGUGUUUCUCAGUCUACAGUCCAAUCUACGACUGUCUCUACAGCCACGUCAACAAGACCCACUGACAGCAGUGUAAGUGGUUCUCAGUCUACAAGCCAACCCACGUCUGCCUCUACAGUCACGCCAGCAAGUCCAACUGACAGCAGUGAAAGUGGUUCACAAUAUACGAGCCAGUCUACGACUGUCUCUACAUUCUCGUCAACGAGACCAACUGACAGCAAUGUAAGUGGUUCUCAGUCUACAAGCCAACCAACGUCUGUCGCUACAGUGACGCCUGCAAGUCCAACAGACAGCAGUGAAAUUGGUUCACCGUCUACGACACAAUCCAAGAUUGUCUCUACAGUCAUAUCAACGAGACCAACUGACAGCAAUGUAAGUGGUUCUCAGUCUACAAGCCAACCAACGUUUGUCUCUACAGUCAAGACAAAGGGGCCAACUGACAGCAGUGUAAGUGGUUCACUAUCUACAAGCCAACCUAUGACUGUCUCUACUGUCACGACAGCAAGUCCAACUCAGAGCAGAAUAAGUGGUUCUCAGUCUUCCAUUCAACCUACUGACAGAUCUGUAAGUAGUUUUUCGUCGACAAGCCAACCAACCAUUGUAUCUACAGGAACGUCAAAAGGGCCAGCUGACAGCAGUGUAAGUGGUUCUCAAUCUACAGGCCGAUCCACUACUGUCUCUACAGUCACGCCAACUGACAGCAGUGUAAGUGGUUCUCAGUCUACAAGCCAACCCACGUCUAUCUCUACAUUCAGGUCAAAUGGGCCAACUGACAGCAGUGUAAGUGGUUCUCAGUCUACAAGCCAAUCUACGACUGUCUCUACAGCCACGUCAACUAGACCCACUUUCAGCAGCGAAAGUGGUUCUCAGUCUACAAGCCAAGCCACGUAUGUGUCGACAGUCACGUCAGCAAGUUCAAUUAACAGCAGUGUAGGUGGUUCUCAGUCAACAGGCCAACCCACGUCUGCCUCUACAGUCACGCCAGCAAGUCCAACUGACAGCAGUGAAAGUGGAUCUCAAUAUACGAGCCAUUCUACGACUGUCUCUACAUUCUCGUCAAGAAGACCAACUGACAGCAGCGUAAGUGGUUCACUAUCUACAAGCCAAUCUAUGACUGUCUCUACUGUCACGCCACCAAGUCCAACUCAGAUCAGUAUAAGUGGUUCUCAGUCUUCCAGCCAACCUACUGACAGCACUGUAAGUAGUUCUUCAUCUACAAGCCAACCAACCACUGUAUCUACAAGAACGUCAAAAGGGCCUGCUGACAGCAGUGUAAGUGGUCCUCAAUCUACAAGCCAAUCCACUACUGCCUCUACAGUCACACCAACGAGUCCAACUGACAGCAGUGUAAGUGGUUCUCAGUCUACAAGCCAACCCACGUCUGCCUCUACAGCCACGUCAUCAAGACCCACUGACAGCAGUGAAAGUGGUUCUCAGUCCACAAGCCAACCAACGUCUGCCUCUACAGUGACGCCAGCAAGUUCAACUGACAGCAGUGUAAGUGGUUCUCUGUCUACAAGCCAACCCACGUCUGCCUCUACAAUCACACCAGCAAGUUCAACUGACAGCAGUGUAAGUGGUUCACACUCUACAAGCGAACCCGUGUCUGCCUCUACAGUCACGCCAGCAAGUCCAACUGACAGCAGUGAAAGUGGUUCACAAUAUACGAGCCGAUCUACGACUGUCUCUACAUUCUCGUCAAUGAGACCAACUGACAGCAAUGUAAGUGGUUCUCAGUCUACAAGCCAACCAACGUCUGCCUCUACAGUAACGCCAGCAAGUCAAACAGACAGCAGUGAAAGUGGUUCACCCUCUACGAGCCAAUCCACGACUGUCUCUACAGUCAAAUCAACGAGACAAACUGACAGCAGUAUAAGUGGUUCUCAGUCUACAAGCCAACCAACGUCUGCCUCUACAGUGACGCCAGCAAGUCUAACUGACAGCAGUGUAAGUGGUUCUCAAUCUACAAGCCAAUCAACGUUUGUAUCUACAGUCAGGACAAAGGGGCCAACUGACAGCAGCGUAAGUGGUUCACUAUCUACAAGCCAAUCUAUGACUGUCUCUACUGUCACGCCACCAAGUCCAACUCAGAUCAGUAUAAGUGGUUCUCAGUCUUCCAGCCAACUUACUGACAGCACUGUAAGUAGUUCUUCGUCUACAUGCCAACCAACCACUGUAUCUACAGGAAUGUCAAAAGGGCCUGCUGACAGCAGUGUAAGUGGUCCUCAAUCUACAAGCCAAUCCACUACUGCCUCUACAGUCACACCAACGAGUCCAACUGACAGCAGUGUAAGUAGUUCUCAGUCUACAAGCCAACCCAUGUCUGCCUCUACAGUCAGCUCAAAUCGGCCAACUGACAGCAGUGUAAGUGGUUCUCAGUCUACAAGCCAAUCUACGACAGUCUCUACAGCCACGUCAACAAGACCCACUGACAGCAGUGAAAGUGGUUCUCAGUCCACAAGCCAACCCACGACUGCCUCUACAGUCACGCCAGCAAGUUCAACUGACAGCAGUGUAAGUGGUUCUCUAUCUACAAGCCAACCCACGUCUGCCUCUACAGUCAAACCAGCAAGUUCAACUGACAGCAGUGUAAGUGGUUCACAGUCUACAAGCGAUCCCGCGUCUGCCUCUACAGUCACGCCAGCAAGUCCAACUGACAGCAGUGAAAGUGGUUCACAAUAUACGAGCCGAUCUACGACUGUCUCUACAUUCUCGUCUAUGAGACCAACUGACAGCAAUGUAAGUGGUUCUCAGUCUACAAGCCAACCAACGUCUGCCUCUACAGUGACGCCAGCAAGUCAAACAGACAGCAGUGAAAGUGGUUCACCGUCUACGAGCCAAUCCACGACUGUCUCUACAGUCAUAUCAACGAGACAAACUGACAGCAGUAUAAGUGAUUCUCAAUCUUCAAGCCAACCAACGUUGGUCUCUACAGUCAGGACAAAGUGGCCCACUGACAGCAGUGUAAGUGGUUCACUAUCUACAAGCCAAUCUAUGACUGUCUCUACUGUCACGCCACCAAGUCCAACUCAGAGCAGUAUAAGUGGUUCUCAGUCUUCAAGCCAACCUACUGACAGCACUGUAAGUAGUUCAUCGUCUACAAGCCAACCAACCACUGUAUCUACAGGAACGUCAAAAGGGCCAGCUGUCAGCAGUGUAAGUGGUUCUCAAUCUACAAGCCAAUCCAGUACUGUCUCUACAGUCACGCCAACGAGUCCAACUGUCAGCAGUGUAAGUGGGUUUCAGUCUACAAGCCAAUCCUCGUCUAUCUCUACAUUUAGGUCAAAGGAGCCAACUGGCAACAGUGUAAGUGUUUCUCAGUCUACACGCCAAUCUACGACUGUCUCUACAGCCACGUCAACAAGACCCACUGACAGCAGUGAAAGUGGUUCUCAGUCCACAAGCCAACCCACGUCUGCCUCUACAGUCACGCCAGCAAGUUCAACUGACAGCAGUGUAAGUGGUUCUCUGUCUACAAGCCAACCCACGUCUGCCUCUACAGUCACACCAGCAAGUUCAACUGACAGCAGUGUAAAUGGUUCACAGUCUACAAGCGAACCCGCGUCUGCCUCUACAGUCACGCCAGCAAGUCCAACUGACAGCAGUGAAAGUGGUUCACAAUAUACGAGCCAAUCUACGACUGCCUCUACAUUCUCGUCAACGAGACCAACUAACAGCAAUGUAAGUGGUUCUCAGUCUACAAGCCAACCAACGUCUGCCUCUACAGUGACGCCAGCAAGUCCAACAGAUAGCAGUGAAAGUGGUUCACCGUCUACGAGCCAAUCCACGACUGUCUCUACAGUCAUAUCAACGAGACCAACUGGCAGCAGUAUAAGUGAUUCUCAAUCUACAAGCCAACCAACAUUUGUCUCUACAGUCAGGACAAAGUGGCCCACUGACAGCAGUGUAAGUGGUUCACUAUCUACAAGCCAAUCUAUGACUGUCUCUACUGUCACGCCACCAAGUCCAACUAAGAGCAGUAUAAGUGGUUCUCAGUCUUCAAGCCAACCUACUGACAGCACUGUAAGUAGUUCUUCGUCUACCAGUCAACCAACCACUGUAUCUACAGGAACGUCAAAAGGGCCAGCUGUCAGCAGUGUAAGUGGUUUCCAGUCCACAAGCCAACCCACGACUGUCUCUACAGUCAGGUCAACGAGUCUAACUAGCACCGGUUUGAGCGGACCUACAUCAUCAAACCAGCCCACGACUGUCUCUACAGUGACUUCAACUGGUUCAGCUGACGGCAGUGCAGACGUGUCUACGUCUUCAAACCGACCAAGGACUACAGUCACAUUAACAAGUUCAACUGACCCUAGUACAAAAUUCUCGUCUUCAAAGCAAUCAACAACUGUCAAUGGCGUUUCAGUGACUCCUGAACCAAGCAGAACAACCAUAUUCCCGACAGCGUAUCCAACUGUUCAACCAGAUACAGAAAAAGCUGUAUAUGUUUUUCGUUUCGAAGUGACAAUUGAUGGUAACUUUUCUGAAGGCUUGGACAAGGAUGAGGAUUUCAUAUGCUCUUUAAAUAAAACGUUAUUUGACAACAUUUUCGAUGGUAUACCUGCAGGUGUCAGUCUAAGUUUCACAUUUAGAAAAGGGAGUAUCAUAGCAGCUGUUACAGCAGAACUGGAAAAGAAUAAAAUUGAAAACAACAGCACAAAUAUUUCUACUGUCCUAGAUACAAUAAAAAAUAACGCUCAAGAUAAUGCAGAAAAUAUAAACACAACAAAAGGUCUCAUUGAGGAUGCCAGUGCUUUUUAUACUAGUUUCGAAAAUGAAAUCAGCACUUUUACGGCUAUGCUGAAGGAUGACCCAUGUUCUGUACAAUCUAAAGUAUGUGAUUUGUCAUACUUUUAUACGUGCCAAAACAAUAAAGAUGAUGAAAAGGGCAAGUGCAGGCACGAAUGCGAAAGAGAACCUGGUUUCUGUGGAGAAAAUGGACAGUGUUUCUACGACAUUACAAGCAACGUUAAGGCAUGCAGAUGCAAACGUACCUCGUUCCAUGUGUAUCACGGGGACCGUUGUGAGGAAUUCACGGCGACCAAGGAGUUUGUGUUGGCGGUAUCCCUCGGUGCUGGCGGUGGUAUUAUUCUCAUAUUGUUCAUUGUUAUCAUCUGCAUGUGUGCUAGAAGACGAGCAAGCUCAAAAAAUAAUCUCAGUGGGUAUGAAGAAUCAGAGUGGGAGGUAGUGCUAAAAGACACCGGCUUUAGAUCUGGUGUUGAUAAAACUGGACCUCUGUACUGGAGAUAUCACCGCCAGCCGGGGCAUAUCAACCAGGCAUAUGAGCCGUUUUUCACCGGAAGUGGUCGUGGCGGACCAUCAGUGUAUCUUCCGAUAGACAAUGACCAGGGUUCGAGUUUCAAUAUCGCACAGUAUUAUUCUGCAAUAGAUCCUGCAGCAGACUAUUCAAUAAAAAGACCUCGUGUAUCAACCCAGCCCAGUGAAAUGUACAACAGUAUCUAUUUAGAUAACUUUACAAAUUCACCUGGUGAUACGCCAAGACCUCUUAUAACUGACAUGAAGACAACAUUGUGAAUAUAAAAUGUUAAAACAAAACAUGAGUCAGAAAAUACCAGCUGUAAUCAAGACGGAAAAAAUACGACAUCGUUCAUCUGUGUGUAAAUAAUCUCUCCUCGUGUUUUCAUUUUUACAAAUAAUGAAUUCAAAAUGUUGACGAUAACAGACAACGGUUUCAUAUGAGCAAUAGUCUUUGCUCUAGCCCUCGAUGGAAUACAUUGAGAAUGUUGUAGAUGGAACUUCAAUCCAUUAUAUAGAAAACUUUUCAGACAGUUUCUCUGGACACCCUGAUUGGUCGGUUUAAAAGACGAAAAUAAACAAUGAUUAUACUUAUGCAAAUAUGUGGGAUUUCAAAAGAAAAUGCUAACUACGCUACAAGUGAAUAAAUGUUUUAGGUGGUGUAAAAUGCUCGAAGAUUCUAUAUAAUCUUCUUAUUAAUAUCUUUAAAUCUCUUUACAGAUUAAUCAAAGCUGAGCAUUUGAUUUUAUGAUCACAAAAAGAUAUGGUUUAAAUUUUGGUAGCCCAUAUACCUUUUAAGAUGAUAAGCAUUAUAUAUUUUAGUCCCUGCUCUUGAGAACAAUAAAGCAGGGUGUUGAAAAAGAGAUUUGUAAUGACUUUAUAACGUUUCCGUAAUGUUUUAAUGGAUAACCCUCUCUCACUGCACAUGUAAGAGCAGAAAAUGAAUUUUAAAACGGAUAUCAAAACUCUGCGGAACGGUUCCCCCAGACAGGGCAUACCGUAUGCAAUUUAGUGACUAUUUGCAAUUUAGUGAAUACUUUAUGUACAACAGGACUCAGCUUUAACUAUGCUCAAAUAUUGAAGAUAAUACGUAGUAUUCUUUUAAUUGACCUAUUUCAUUUUUGUAUCAUAGCCAUUUAUAACUUUCUUCUACCUGUUUACAGAUUUACUAUCUUUACUAUCCAGAAACGUAUUGUUGUACAUAUGUAUAUAUUCUUGAAAUACAAACCUUUCAAGAUAUUUAUAGUGGGUAAAAUUUCAUAAAGCAUCAGACACACAAGAAAUUGUUAUCGAUUUAAAGCAACUUUCGUCUUUUGCCAUUGUGUUGUUAUUCAGUCCAUUUUUAUAACAUUUUCAUCUCAAGAAUUAUGUAUACAUCAUAUACGGUAUAUACAGAAAAGAAAUAUAUUAUCAUGUAAAAAGAAAUCAUGUAUA